ACCCCGGCGCUUUGGUGCGGACCCAGGCCACCCACGGGGCCGGGAGCACUCCUUGGUCUGCGCCCUGGACACCCGGAAGGGUGAGCGCGCCGCGAGCCGUGCAGCGGGGGCCGGGUGGACUGGCUGGGGGCGAGCGGCUGGAUGGAGGCGCCGGGGAGCGUCCCGCGGCGAGCUCUCCGAGCCAGCUGAACUCUUCCCAAGUGUCCUGCGCGUCGGCUACCCUCUUCCAGCGGGUGGCGGGCUCUCAAGGUGCCGGCGGGCGUUGGGCGCGGGAAGAACGCAGAGGAGACCGGAUUCAUCCGAUCCGCUGCAACUCGAAUCUCUGCCUGCGGUCGCGCAGCGUGGCGGGAGGCGCUGUGCCCGAGAAAGGGCGGGUAAGUGCGGCGCUGCCGAGUCCCGCGCGACACCGGAGUGACUGCCAACCUGGGAGCCGGCUGGGCUCCCAGACGAGAUCAGUUGUCCGGAGGCAAAGUUCUUUCCUCUUAGGCAACCUGAGCAGCUAGCUCUCCUCCUCCCGGGGCCAGCCCCAAGGCCCCGCUAUGGACAGCGAAAGCGAGGUGGAUUUUUCCAACAACGGCGUCACCCCUUUGUGGCGGAGACGGUCCACCCCUCCUCUCCAGCUGCUCGGCCGGAGCAAGCCGAGGCCACAGUCCUACCAGAGCCCCAGCGGGCUGCUGAUCACCGACUUCCCGGUGGAGGAGCUGGCCGCUCUGCCCGCGCCGCAGACUCCCGCCCGCGUGCCCGCCGCCCCGGACGGCAGGACGGUGACCAGGAGCCCCCAGCUUCUGUGCGCGCAUCGGAGGCCGGUGACCAAUGGUCGCACGGUGUCCCCGGACUAUAGAGCUGCUUCUCCUCGACUUCGACGGCCCAAAUCACCCCUAGUUCUUCACGCGGCGUCGGGCGGCUCCCAGAAGUCCCCUGCUAAUGGCACGGUGGCCUCUCCCGCGGCGUUGGUGUCGUGUGCCUCGCGGACUCCCGACGCUCCUGCCUCAUACGACCCCGAGGAGGACCGCACCCGGGUGACCCCCAGUAAGGCAUCUUCGCCCAUUGCCAAUGGCCUUGUCCCUAAAAACGACUCACCUGGCUCAGCUUCACAAACUGGUCAGACGGCUAGGGACAUGGAGCCGGGUCUCUCGAGACUCUCCCCUGUUCCCCAGCACAGGUCUUCAGAACAAAAACUGCCGCUCCAAAGGCAGUCCUCCCAAGGGAAUGAGCUCCCGAACCCUUCCGUGGUUUUGAGUACCAACAGCCCGGCCGCCCUCAAGAUGGGAAAGCAGCAGAUUAUCCCGAAGAGCCUUGCCUCGGAAAUUAAGCUGAGUAAAUCCAACAGUCAAAAUGUAGAGCCCCACAGGAGGCUCCUCAAGGUGCGCAGCAUGGUGGAGGGACUGGGAGCACCCCUGGGCCACGAAGGGGAGGAAGGAGAAGUCGACAACGACAUGGACAGCCCGGGCUCUCUUCGGCGAGGCCUGAGGUCCACUUCUUACCGAAGGGCAGUGGUCAGCGGUUUUGAUUUUGACAGCCCCACCAGUUCAAAGAAGAAGAACAGAAUGUCCCAGCCUGUUCUGAAGGCAGUAAUGGAAGACAGGGAGAAGUUCUCUAGUCUGGGAAGGAUAAAGAAAAAAAUGCUGAAAGGACAAGGAACAUUUGAUGGGGAAGAAAAUGCAGUCCUGUAUCAAAACUACAAAGAAAAGGCCCUUGAUAUUGACUCUGAUGAAGAAUCGGAGCCCAAAGAACAGAAGCCAGAGGAAAAGAUUGUGAUUCACCAUAAGCCACUGAGAUCCACAUGGAGCCAGCUCUCUGCGGUGAAAAGAAAUGGGCUAUCUCAAACUGUGAGCCAGGAGGAAAGAAAGAGACAAGAGGCCAUCUUUGAAGUCAUAUCCUCUGAGCACUCAUACUUACUCAGCUUGGAGAUCUUGAUACGGAUGUUUAAAGAUUCUAAAGAAUUGAGUGACACAAUGACUAAAACUGAGAGGCAUCACCUUUUCUCCAACAUUACAGAUGUCUGUGAGGCCAGCAAAAAAUUCUUUACAGAGUUAGAAGCAAGACAUCAGAAUAACAUCUUCAUAGACGAUAUAAGUGACAUUGUAGAAAAACACACGGCAUCCACAUUUGAUCCCUAUGUGAAAUACUGCACCAAUGAAGUCUACCAACAGAGAACGCUACAGAAGUUGUUAGCCACCAACCCUUCCUUUAAGGAAGUAUUGUCACGGAUUGAGUCUCAUGAAGACUGCAGGAACUUACCCAUGAUCUCUUUCCUCAUUCUCCCCAUGCAGAGAGUGACUCGCCUUCCCCUGCUGAUGGAUACUAUAUGUCAGAAAACACCUAAGGACUCUCCGAAGUAUGAAGUCUGCAAAAGGGCCUUGAAGGAAGUAAGCAAGUUGGUGCGGCUGUGCAAUGAAGGAGCCCGGAAGAUGGAAAGGACGGAGAUGAUGUACACCAUUAAUUCCCAGCUGGAAUUUAAAAUCAAGCCUUUUCCCCUCGUCUCCUCUUCCCGGUGGUUGGUGAAAAGAGGGGAGUUGACAGCCUAUGUGGAAGACACGGUGCUGUUCUCCAAGAGGAUGUCCAAACAACAAGUCUACUUCUUCCUCUUCAACGAUGUGCUUAUUAUCACUAAGAAGAAGAGUGAAGAAAGUUACAAUGUCAAUGAUUAUUCCUUGAGGGAUCAGCUGUUGGUGGAAUCCUGUGACAAUGAAGAGCUUAAUUCCUCUCCAGGGAAGAACACUUCCACAAUGCUUUACUCAAGACAGAGCUCUGCCACUCACCUCUUUACUCUGACUGUCCUCAGCAACCAUGCCAAUGAGAAGGUGGACAUGCUGCUCGGGGCUGAGACCCAGAGUGAGCGAGCCCGCUGGAUCACAGCCCUGGGACAGAGCAGUGGGAAGCAGCCACCAGAUCGAACCACACUGACCCAGGUGGAAAUCAUUAGAUCUUUUACUGCCAAGCAGCCAGAUGAACUCUCCCUACAGGUGGCAGAUGUGGUCCUCAUUUACCAGCGUGUUGGCGACGGCUGGUAUGAAGGGGAACGACUUCGAGAUGGAGAAAGGGGCUGGUUUCCAAUGGAAUGUGCAAAGGAGAUAACAUGCCAAGCUACUAUUGAUAAGAAUGUGGAGAGGAUGGGACGUUUGUUAGGACUGGAAACCAAUGUGUGACCUCGCAGAUGGCCAACAGAACAGGGGCUAGUGUUCCUGUUAUCACAGUCUGCUUAAUUAAAGCAGUGGAAACACAUGCCUGUAAGCUUGCCAAGUUGUUCUGUACCCUCAGAAGAACAGCUACCAGAUGCAGUUAGUCCACAAAGCUCAGUUUUUGCAUAAUGACGCUCCUGAGAACCUCUUUGAGUCCACUGAACAGUCUAUUUCAGGGAUAGCAACAGUCUUCGGCUCCUUCCACUUCCUGUUCUGUAAGAUGCUGUGUUUGGGCGUCUUUGUCCUCAGCUCACUUAGAACCUUGCUCUUCCCCCUUAAUUUUCUCCUUUGUAUGGUCCCACAGCAUCAGCAAGUUUGUCUGUAAGGAGUGUCCACUUUGUAAAUACUUUUUGUGUCUUAGUCUAAUGCUGUUAAUUCCAAAAGGAACUAACAAGAGUUCAGUAGGUGAGCUGUCAUGUUUUGUAAACCUCUUUCUACGAAAGGGAAAUUGACACUUGAACUUUGCUACCAUUUUCCUCAUUAGAAGGAAAGUGAGGAGCCACCCAGUGAGGAUUUUUAAAAAUCCAUCUCAUUCAAUAUUGGUCUAAGAUAACUUUAGCUUAAUAAACCUAAGCUACUAAAAUGACAUGGGCUUUACACUUCACAUAUGUGAGGACAUCCGGAAGACAGGAUAUUAUGGGUCAACUGCUGAAGAGCUGACAUAAGACUGCUUUGCCUUCAGUAACACAUGGUUCCUGACCGUUCUACUUUUCAAGUAGAAAGUGGCUCGAACACACGUUAACCAUCUUAAGGAAGAGAAAAUUAAGCUUAGACAGUAUCAAGAUGCCAACAAGGUACUUGCUUGAAAUAUUUUGACCUUAACAGGAAUUCAUUGCACUCAAUACCCGAUGGCUUGGUUUGGAGUCUCUUUUAGCUAUGAGUUCCUAUAGGAGUUUAUUCUCCACUCGUACAAAGAAACAACACAGUAUACUAAAGUUCAUUAAGCAGUGAUGAAGUUUUAAAAGAUUUACAGGAAAAAUUAUUUUCAUUUGGUAGCUAUAACCCCUCUCUAUUCUGUUCACCAAGUAAAAUCUAAAUAUAUAUUAUGGGAGGGCUCAGAUCUUUGUCCUAGGUCCAUGCUCCUGUCUAUACAGCACCUAAGCCAUAUGGUUCCAGAAGUCCAGUGUGUAGGUGUGCUUGGCUUACACCCUGCAACCCAUCCACCUCAGCAGUAAGCCAGAAUAGAGAUCCCAGGGGCUUUCUCCCCUUUGAGUUACUUUCCUUUUGCCUGUUUAUGUAUUCCUUCCAAAAGACAUUUCAGGCCCCGUGUUCUCUGAGGUAUGAGUAUGUGAAUGAAGCAAGAGCAGUGGCCCACAGCAAGAGAUGUCUCAAGAGUAGAAAACAGGAAGUCUCUCUCUCCUCUUCAAUAGUGUCACGAACUUUUUAGAAGAAAUGUUAACAAAUUAUAGUUUAAUCUAAUGUCAUGUUUUACUUAGGACAAAAGGUGUUGCUUGCAAGAGAAUCAUUUUGUAUUAUUUUUGCUAAUACCGAUUUGGAGCUAUAACGUAACACUAUGGAUCCUGUGAAUUAAUUUAUAAGUGUUAAACAGUGUGGAAAUGAUUGUCUCCUUUAAGUCAAGCAGCUGAACACUGUUAUUAAAGUGUCCCUGUAUAGCAGGUAUUUAACAGUCACAGUGUUUCAUUUCAACUGUGAUUGUUUUUAACACAACACUUUUUUUCAAACUUACUUUUUUUUUAAAUGCCUUCUUUGAAAUGUACAGUAACUUCACGCCUGCAAAACAGAAAUGUUACUUUCAUUCCAAUAAAUUGAACCUGCUUGUCCACUUUCAACAAAGCUUGUGAAUUUAUAAAGAUUUUAUAGAUACUUGUC